CACAUUACUCUCACGUCGCUUUCGGAAACGUUCAUUGGUACUGCUGCUGGGUCGCAUGCCGACCUAAGGGAAAAAGUGAAAAAAGUGAAAGAAUUUGUGAAAACGAAAAUUUGGAAACUUUUCUAAAUUGUUUAUAUAAAAAAACAAUAAGUCAAAGAAACGAACGAAACAAAAAUAUAAGUUAAAAUGUCCGGAAUAAUAUCGAUAACGUCGCGACGUUUACCGCGUAAUGUGCUCAGUCUGGGUAUGCAAGCGGCUCGUAGCCAAGAAGUUAAAAGUGCCAAUGUUGUACGUCAAUAUGCCAGAUUAGCUACUGCCCAAGCUCAACUCUUUGGAGAAACCCAGUCUGCAGUUACUGCCAGCAGACCUUUGGGCGUUAUGGCCAACCAAAGUUUCCACACCUCAGUCAGCAUGUGGAAUUUGGAAACCAUUAAAGUACCCCCUUUUGCUGAUUCCGUAUCGGAAGGUGAUGUUAAAUUCACUUGCAAGGUCGGCGACUAUGUCAAGGUCGAUCAAACUGUUAUGGAAAUCGAAACCGAUAAGACCACCGUUGGUGUACCCGCACCCUUUGGCGGUAUUAUCAAGGAAAUUUUGGUCAGCGAUGGUGAUACAGUAAAGGCUGGUCAAGCUCUAUUCAAAUUGGAGAAGGCUGAUGCCAGUGCUGCCCCCGCUGCAGCUCCCAAAGCCGACACACCACCACCACCACCAGCAGCUAAACCAGCCGCCGCAGCUCCUCCACCACCACCACCAGCUGCUAAACCCGCCGCUGCUGCUCCACCACCACCAAGGCCCGCAGCACCACGUCCCCCACCACCACCACCAGCAGCUCCAGCUGCCUCAAUUCCAUCGGCUUCGAUACCCCGUGCUCCUGGUAUAACUCCACCCCAGGUGAAAGUGCCACCAUCCGAUUAUUCUCGUCAAAUCACCGGUACACGUACCGAACAACGUGUGAAAAUGAAUCGUAUGCGUCUAAAGAUUGCCUCCCGCUUGAAGGAAGCACAAAAUGUUAAUGCCAUGUUGACAACAUUCAAUGAAAUUGAUAUGAGUGGUGCUAUGGCUUUCCGUAAGGAACACUUGGAAGCCUUCCAAAAGAAAUUCGGUAUUAAGAUUGGUUUCAUGUCCAUCUUUACUAAAGCUUCUGCCUAUGCCUUGCAAGAUCAACCCGUUGUUAAUGCGGUUAUUGAUGGUGCCGAAAUCGUGUAUCGUGAUUAUGUUGAUAUUUCUGUAGCCGUUGCUACUCCCAAGGGUUUGGUGGUACCUGUUAUCAGAAAUGUUGAAGGCAUGAAUUAUGCCGAUAUUGAAAUUGCUAUGGCUGCUUUGGGUGACAAGGCCCGCAAGGGUGCUAUUGCUGUUGAAGACAUGGAUGGUGGUACCUUCACCAUCAGUAAUGGUGGUGUAUUCGGUUCUCUUUUGGGCACACCUAUUAUCAAUCCACCACAAAGUGCUAUCUUGGGUAUGCAUGGUAUCUUUGAGAGACCCGUUGCUGUCAAGGGACAGGUUGUCAUUCGUCCCAUGAUGUAUGUGGCUCUUACUUACGAUCACCGAUUGAUUGAUGGUCGUGAGGCUGUUAUGUUCUUGCGUAAAAUUAAGGCUGCCGUUGAAGAUCCCAGAAUUAUUUUAGCUGGCUUGUAAAUUCUCUGCUAACAUAAAAGUUUUAAAAGUCUUUGUAGAACAAUGAACAACAAUUCUUUUAUGUUUGCUAUAAAAUACACACACAACAAAAAAAAAGUUUAAUCUAAAAUAGCUUGCAUAUAUGAAAAGAAAGUCUACUUAUUCUUAAUCACUGGAAAAACAAACAACCAACUUAAACUCAACUACACAAGUUUUAUUUCGUAAAAUAAAUAAAAAGAAUAAUUUAUAAAACUACAACUUACUACCAAAUUUUAUUGUUUAACAAUUUAAACACAAAAAAAAAUACAAAUAAUAAUUGUAAAUCAUUUUGAAAAAAAAAACUCAGCUACAAAUUCUAUUCUUUCCUGUUUCUUUUGCUUUAUUUUGCUGUCACAAUCAUUUAUUAUCUACUAUUCUUCUAUUUUUAUGUUUGUGUAAUGAUUUAUUUUAAUUUAUUAAAGAAACCAAAAAAGAAAAAAACAUAAAAAAUCGAAAAAAAAAUAACAAAAAUUGUUUUAAAAUACAAACAAAAAACAACAGAAA